AUGAUGAACGAAACACUGAAUUAUGAAUGUAUCGUCGAUGAAACUGACUGGAUAACAUGGAUAAUAACAGGACCGGUCACCACCAUUGUGGCUGUCUUCGGUGUGUGCAGUAAUCUAUUCAGUUUGAAUAUUCUUCGUUCGCUCGCAAUUCGGCCGUCAAUUCGACUGUACUUGUCGGUGCUCGCCAUUGCCAACUCAUUCGUAUCGUUUUGUAGUAUUUGGUAUUAUUCAUUAGCUGAAAUACUUAAGCCGCUGUUUGGCACCAUUUCAUUCUUCCAGUAUUUGACAGUAAUUAUGCAUCCAGUAUCAUUCCUUUCCAUAACAGUCGCCGUAUGGAUGCUCUUAAUUGUAACUGCAGCUCGCUACUUUGCCUUAGCCUAUCCGUUGAGGCAUCGCGUACAUGAUUCAGUGGAGCGUGCACGUUACGUUUAUAUUUGUAUAUUACUGAUUGCCAUUCUUUAUUCCGUACCGACUCUGUUCGAAAUGCGAUUGUCAGAUGCCUGUUCUGAGUUACUAAUCAACCCUCCAAAGAGUAACAGUAUUUGUAUCAUGGUUCUUGAUUGCUCAAUAGCAACACUGUUUAAUUGCUCUCUUUAUAUGGCAACUAACGUCAAAGGAUGCCAGAUUACUCUGAUAGAAACUGGAAAGUAUUAUUUGUCAGUUGCUCUCAGUAGCACAGUUCUCGAUCACACCAUUUCCACAUCAGUUUUCAGAGUGGCUCUAUCAGGUCGCAGCUCAAAUCAAGAGAAUACAACAGUAAUGCUGUUGGUGGUAGCAGUUAAAUUCCUUUUGUGCAACUAUCUGAUGAUCGCCGUCAAUAUUUGGGAGCUCUUAGCUGGUUCAAAAAUCGCAGUUGGAAAACUGUAUAAGUUUAUUGUCGAAUUAAGUAACUUAUUGGUUGUCGCUAACAGCGCAUCUGAUUCGAUAGUUUAUCUUCGAUGGAGACGGAAACCAGCGCGCAAAUCAUCAUAUAGUAACGUUUUCAAGCCGUUGUUCACCUCUGAUGAAGCGACCUUAUUGAAGAAUCAGUUCGAGUGUCAUGUGAGUUGUGAUGCAUUUAUUGGACUGUUAACUGCAUUGCAAAGAUUCAAAUGUACGAUUCUAUUCACGAAUCAGCUGAAUUUUCAGCCGUCGGGCAGAACAAUCGGUUCAAUGCUAGCUAAACUUCUGAUACCAAACAAUGAAGACAUGGUGUACGAGGAAGGCAUGCACAUUCAAUCCCUACUCGAGGAAAUGGUGUUCUCAAUCGGUGAACCGACUGCCGAGCAAAAUAUAGUCAAUAAACUGAACUGCAUUGGUUCAAGACAUGCAAACCUCUCCAUUCCGGCUACUAAAUGGAAUCAAUUCAAAAAUACUUUAGUUGAAGUAAUUUUACUACGGCUAACUGUUUUUCACUCAGAUCUAAGUUUCGCAUUCAAUCAUAGCCAAUACUUGCGUAUUCAUCUACAAACGCAUACUUCUUUGACACCAUCCAUCCUUCUUCUUGAAACUGAAAUAAAUUUAUCAACAACUACAACCUCUGUUAAUUCGUUCCUAUGA